AUAAAGAAUGAGGUGGCCACACUCACGGCAGCUGGAAAAGAGGUUAUGCUGGUUGGAAUUGGUGAUAAAAUUAGGGGCAUACUUUCCAGGACUCAUUCUGACCAGUUUCUGGUGACCUUCAAGGAUGUGGGAAGAAAGCCCCCUACUUUUGGAGAUGCGUCCGUCAUUGCUCUCGAAUUCCUGGCCAAUAUCAUCUAUUACUCCCUGAAGGAAUCCACCACCAGUGAGCAAAGCGCUAGAAUGACGGCGAUGGACAAUGCCAGCAAGAAUGCUUCUGAGAUGAUUGAUAAAUUGACUUUGACAUUCAAUCGUACUCGCCAAGCCGUCAUCACCAAAGAGUUGAUUGAAAUCAUCUCUGGUGCA